AUGGAGUCCCUCAAGGCUGUUUUCUUCGGGCCUGACCCCGCGACUCAGAUGCGAAAAUGCAACAGUCUGAUCCGUUCCAAUACUCGCCAGCUGGACCGUGACCUCAAUCAACUCAAACAACUCGAUGCCAAGACCCGCCAGUUUAUCGUGAGCUCGUCGAAGCGUGCCCAGCGCAAUCCAGCCCAAGCCAAACAGGCAACUAGCGAAACCAAGACCUUCGCCAGGGAACUGGUGCGCAUUCGCAAACAGACCGCCCGGCUCACGACCAGCCGCGCCCAGCUGCAGAGCGUGGGGAUGCAGGUCAAUGAGGCGUUCUCGGUGCGCAAGAUCCAGGGCAGUCUUCAAAAGUCCACCGGCAUCAUGAAGGAUGUCAACACCCUCGUCCGAAUGCCGGAACUGUCCUCCACGAUGCACCAGCUUUCGGCGGAAUUGGUCAAAGCAGGGAUUAUCGAAGAGAUGGUCGAUGAUGCCAUUACCGACACCGCAACCUUCGAGGAUGAGGAGGUGGAAGCCGAUGCUGAAAUCGACAAGAUUCUGCAGGAAGUGCUGAAGGGCAAACUCGAUCAGGCCGCAGCUCCCCGGCCGGUCACCCCCACCACGGAGACUCCGGUUGCAGAGCCCGAGGAAGAACAAUUCGAGGAUCAGGAGGCAACACUCGAGCAGAUGCGAGGGCGGCUAGAGGCUCUGAAGAGCUGA